AUGUGCUUCGUCGAAUACGUCGGCUACACCUGCGGACACACCAGCGUCCCGGUCAUGCGGCCCUGCCCCAUGACCACGCAGAUGCACAACAACCCCUGCUGUCCGCGCCCGGCGUGCCGCCCCAUGCUCUCCGCGACCAUGUGUCCGGCCUGCGGACGCAUUCUCCACGGCCGGUACAUCGACAUCAUCGAAUAUGAGCACCGAUUCAUGCACGAACGCGGGGCCUGUAGCUGCAGCAUCCGGUUUCCGCACCUGCAACAGCCGCGCAUGGUCACCCACAGCGGAAGUGACUACGGCCCCACUUUCGGCAUUGCCGAGCCCUCGGUACCCAGCUUCCCGGCAACUGCGCAGAUGGACGGUUCCCAAUUCUCCUUCUCUCCGUCAGCCGCGGCCUUCACACCGUCUAUUGACCCGAGCCCAUACUCGGAAUUUGCACAGCCAUCGACCUCCAACGCUGCUAACAUUGCAACAACAACUCUUCCUGCCAGCAUGGCUAAUAUCAACAUUAGCACACCCUCCGACAUUCGCAGCGCUAGCCCCGAGAUUCCUAGCCGACAGCGCCCCGGAAAGGGCAAGCGAUGGAAGGGCAAAGGUCGUGGGGAUCAGUCCUUCUACCAGAACAAUCGCCAGCGUCGUCGCGCCUCAAGCUCCGGCACGCCCCGCAAUGGCCCCGGACUACCGCCCCUAUUCGAGGAAAAGGAGAACAACUCCUCUAGACGCCUCAGCGUAUCGGUCCGUAUGCUAAGUCUCUUCGGCGCCGAGUGGACACGUGACCAUGCCGAGCUACACCGAGCCGGUCGCUGCUCAUGUGACAUUACGUUUGAUCGCUAUACCGGCCACGAGGAAAUGCGUGAAGAAAUUUCCGCUGCUGCGACUGCUGCUAGGAGCAACAACGACAGCAACAACAGCGAUGGUAUGCCCGCAAUUCAGUAUGGCCCGAACGACGCUCGUCGAUACGCCAACGAUGGCGAGAGCGCGAACACCUUGCCCACGUACAACUACAACGGCAGCAAUGGUGCCAGCGCCUCCGGCUACCAGAGCCCCGGCGUAUCAAGCUUCGCGCCUAGCUUUCAACCACCUAUGGAUCAGACAACGCCGCCGUAUCUGCACAUCUCCAACACAGUCCAUCAAUACUGGACUCCCCACAACGCGCAAUCCGCACCUAUCACUCCCGUCGCUCCUGGUCAACCUGCCCGUUGGGCUUGUAGCCCCUAUGACACAUCUGCGAUGCAGGGCCACGGACAACAGCCCCAGCCCCAGCAACAGUAUGGUUACACCGCCAACACACCCGGAGCUCCGUUUUUCCCCAGCGCUAUUAGCCACCCCGUCGACAUGCAGACCAUUUACUACGAACCACAAGGUACCCCUAUUGUUGGACUGCCCGUUGGCGCGGGUCCCGAAGGUGACUCUCACAUGCCUCCCUUCGAGAACUGUGAGCUGUACUACCCCAAGCUUUCUCCGGAGCAGCGCCCGGCAUCUCACUAA